AUGGGUGCCCCAACAGCGCAACAGCCUCAAAAAGAACAAAAACACAUCCACAUCCUCAUCAUAGGAGCAGGACUCACCGGACUCAUCCUCGCCCAAGCCCUUCGCAAACUCCAACAUCUCGCAUCCCUCAACAGCAACAACACCAACACCACCACCCCUCCUCCCCCCCUUAUAACCUACGAAAUCUUCGAACGCGACCCCCGCGCCUUCUUCCGCGGCGGAGGAUGGAGUCUCACCAUCCACUGGGCACUAACAGAUUUACAAAAUUUGCUUCCGGAUGAAAUCAUGCAAAAUUUCGAGUCGUGUUUGGUUAAUCGAGAUGCUGCUGCAGCUGGACAAGCGGGGAAUUUUCAGUUUUUGAAUUUAUGUACGGGCGAGAGAGUGGAGGCGUGGCCGAUUCCGAGGGGGGCGGCUUCGAGGGUUUCGAGGGAGAGGAUUUUGGAGUUGUUGAUGAGGGGGGUUGAUGUUAGGUGGUCCAAACACCUCACCUCCCUCGACUUCUCGCAUCCAUCUUCCGUAACCGCCACCUUCGCAGACGGCAGCCAAGCCCAAGGAAAUCUCGUAAUCGGCUGCGACGGUGCAAGAUCUGCCGUUCGAAGAACUCUCUGCGCAACAACCUGGCAAAACAAUCGACUUCCCGUUCGUCUCCUAGGCCUUCGUGUAAAAUUCCCACUCGCAAAAGUCGCAAAAUGUCUUGCAAUUGAUCCACAUUUUUUUCAAGGUGGCGAUCCGUUAUCGAAUGUCUAUUUCUGGUUUUCGUUUAUUCAUUUGCCGCGCGCUGUGGACGUGGAAGGAAAAGGAGAAGAAGAAGAAUAUGCGACGUGCCAGAUGAUGGUUAGUUGGCCUUAUUCUGGCGAAGCUGCGGAUGAAAUGCCUGAGACACAAACGGCUCGACGUGAGCGGAUUCGUCAGUUGGCUACGAAUUGGAACGAGACUUUUCGAGAUUUGGUCUAUAGUAUUCCCGAAACGACGGAGCUUCGCGAGAUUGUGCUGGAGGAUUGGCCUCCUGUGCAAGGUCGCUGGGAUAACCAUAAUGGCAGAGUCACGUUGGUGGGAGAUGCGGCGCACUGUAUGACUAUGUUCCGAGGCGAAGCUGCCAAUCAUGGAGUGAUUGAUGUCUCACAUUUGAUCAAAACUUGUUUCCCCACCACCGCCAAUACAGAGACGAUGCAGCCAACGCGUAGUUGCGACCUCGCACAAGCCGUCAAGUCGUACGAAGAAGAGAUGAUCACUCGUACCUUUCCCGCAGUAUUGAAAUCUCGGCAAGCCUGCCUCGAUGCGAAUAAUUUUGCGUCGGUCAAUAAAGAGAGCCCCUUGAUUGCAAAGCGCGCGAUGAAAGAAUGA